AUGGAUUUAGAUGAUGGUUAUAUAGAUAUAUUUGAUGAUGAUAAAACUGGCUUUGAUUUAGAUGAAACAUUAGAAAAACGUCGUGGAAAAAAGACAAAUGUUAAUCAUUUAUUAAAUUUUCAUUUUUUGGAAAAACAACGCACAAUGUCAUCGUAUGGACGACGCGGUUACGGCAAUGGAAAAUAUCAAACAAAACGUUUUUCAAAAGAACAAUUUUUACAAGCAAACUGUCAGUUUGUUGUUGAAAUCGAUGGUGAUUACAGUUUGCAUUUUGCCGAUCCCGAUAAACCUAUUGAUUGGACCAAAGUUGAGCAAAUUCGAUUAUGUUCAAGUGAACAAUUAAAGUGUCCAAUAUGUUUGUGUCAGCCUAUUGCUGGUAAAAUAACUCGUUGUGGUCAUGUGUAUUGUUGGUCGUGUAUACUACAUUAUUUGGCGUUAAGUGAUAAACAAUGGAGAAAAUGUCCAAUUUGUUUUGAAUCAAUUUAUAAACAAGAUUUGAAAAGUGUCCGUGGACUGAUAAGUCGUGUAUUUAAGAGUGGGGAUUUAAUAACAUUUCGUUUGAUGCAUCGUGAACGUGGUUCAUCUCUAUUUUAUCCAAGACAUAUUGAACCGUCAACAACGGAACCACAAAUCGAUCGUUUACUUGUCUCAAAUAAUUACACAAUUGGUCAUAAUCAUUCGAGUUUAUUAUUGGCUGAUUAUAAAACAAUUCUUGUGGAAAUAAUUGAAAAAGAAAAAUAUGAAUUACUAAAACAAUUACAAGACGAAGGAGAUCAACCAGAAGCGAUUUUUAUCAAACAAGCGUUAGAAGAAAUUGAAGAACGCGAUAAGAUUAUUCGUGAAAAAUUGAACUUAUUAAAAUUACCAAAGUAUGAACAGCAGAAGUCACCUAACGAAACGAUUAAACAAGAUUUAUCCUCCGAAAACGUACUCGGUGAAAUGCAAGAUAAUAAAACAGUGAACACAAAGUCAGCGGUCGUCUAUGAAGACGCGUUUGAUAAUGUUGUUAUAUCGCCAAGUAGAGAAGAUUUCAAUGAAGAAAAAUUAUCAGAUGAUUUAUCAGCCGAAGAAUAUUCAUCAAAUAGUAGAAAAACUAGUGAAUACUCUAUUGAAAAAGAAAAUCAGUAUUAUAUGGAUCAGGAACCUGAAUCACCCACAACACAUAUUCAGCACAACAGGCAUUUCUUUUAUCAAGCUGAUAAUGUUUCACACGCGUAUUUGAAUGGUAUAAAUGCUCGAAUUUUACUUCAUGAAUAUGGGUCGUAUUUAAAUUGUCCAGAAGUCGUUCAUGCAAAAGUUGAACAUGUAGAAAGUUUCUUUAUGACGGAGGAGUUGCGUUCUCAUUUUCGAUUUUUGGGACAUAUACCAUUAACAUGUGAAUUUCAAGUGAUUGAAAUACGAUUAAGACCACCUGUUAUAUCCAUGCAAACAAUGAAUAUGUUUGCAGACGAAUUAUAUCGUCGCCGUCAAUUUCGUUAUCGUAAGGAGCGUAUGGAAAAACGCCUUAAAUACCAAGCUGAAGUGGCUGAAACAAAAAAAUUGACGCAAUAUCCAACUGAAUUAAUGUAUCUUCCGAGUGAACAUUUUCCCGUGAAUAGUACACAAUCAAUGGAAGAAUUUCCAGCUAUGACCCCCUCGACUACCAGUUCAUCUCCGCCAUCAGCAUCAGCAGUACUAACAAGUGAAGAAAACGGUCCAUCAUUUGCUCAAAUGUUAAAACAACGAGCACCAUCUGUACCAUUACAAGUUUCAAUGAAAAAGGUAGCAGGGCCUCUAUCAGCAUCCAUCAUGCCGAAAGAAGAUACGAGAAAAAACAAGAAAAAUAAUAAAUGCAAAAAUGAUAGUGAUGACGAUUAUAAAGAUGUUGAAGGGGAUGAUCAUGUUGCAGUGCCAAAUUUUCAUACAAGUUUUAGCCAAGAUUUAGAAGCGGUUUUCGACAAAUUAAAAGUUAAUAAUGCAACAAAUGGUGCCAAUAACGAGCAAGACCAACAAGUAAAUUCAACGGGGAAAAAUGGUGUUGGUGGAAAGAAAAAAAAGAAAACCAAACAACUCUUGUUUGCAACAGGAAUGGGACAAAAAGCAAAAUGA